GUUCGUACGAUUUUUAUAACGGGUUUUCCGCCCGACACAAAGGAGCGCGAGCUGCAGAACCUGCUGCGCUGGUGGCCGGGCUACGAGUCGUGCCAACUGUCGUACAAGGGCGACCAGCCAAUGGGCUUCGCGCUCUUCUCCACGUCAGCCAUGGCCUUCGCCGCUCGCGACGCCUUGCAGGGUCUGCUGUUCGAUGUCGAGUCCAAUGCGGUACUCCGAGCGGAAAUGGCCAAGAAGAACCUCUUCAGAAAAAAAGGUGCUGAAGAUCCAGCCAAGAGGCUCCGUGUCGCUGACGCCUUGACCUCAUACGUGGUUCCAGGAGCGGCUUCCUAUGAUCCCUACGGCGCUGCUGCAGCAGCCGCCUUCGCGGCAGCAGCCGUGGGCUCCGCUCCUGCUGCUGUCAUGCCGCGGACUGUAGCGCCGUCGUACACUCCCUCUAAGCGUCAGCAGUGCACGCGGCACUACAAGGCACCUCCCUCGCGUCAUGAGACAGAGAGCCCAUCCGCAUCCAGUUCUCCAAGAACCCCCUCCCUCGGAGUGAAGGGGCCGGGCUUUGGGGAGUCGCUCUCACCCCCCCUCCCUCCCUCCCUCCCUCCCUCCCUCCCUCUCUCCCUCCCUCCCUUCCUCCCUCCCUCCCUCCCUCCCUCCCUCCCUCUCUCCAUCCCUCCCUCCCUUCCUCCCUCCCUCCCUCCCUCCCUCCCUCCCUCCCUCCCUCCCUCCCUCCCUCCCUCCCUCCCUCCCUCCCUCCCUCCCUCCCUCUCUCUUUCCCUACUCCCGCAGGACAUAGCGUCAGCAUCAGCAGUGCACGCUGCGUUACAGGGAACCUCUCUAGCCUCCUCCGAUAGAGGCCCCAUCCGAAUCCAGUUCUCCAAGAACCCCCUCGGAGUGAAGGGGCCGGGCUUCGGGGGAGGAAUGGGGGGAGUGGGGGGAAUGGGGGGAAUGGGCGGAAUGGGGGGAGUGGGGGAAGUGGGCGGAGUGGGGGGCGUUGUGAAGAGUGAGAUAGGCCCAGUGGCGGAGCCUCCGCCAGCAGGGACCGAUGGAGGAGCAGGGGGAGCAGGGGGGCCGAUAGGGGCGGAAGCUGCAGCAGCAGCGGCGCUGGCAGCAGCGAGUGGGUUUGGGGAUAUGGUGGAGAGAUGGGCCCCACCGGCAGCAGGAAUGAACGUAGAAGCAGGGGGGGCGGGGGGGUUAGGAGGGGCAGGAGGGUUGGGAGGGGCAGGAGGGUUGGGAGGGGCAGGAGGAGGGUUGGGAGGGGCAGGAGGGUUGGGAGGGGCAGGAGGGUUGGGAGGGGCAGGAGGAGGGUUGGGAGGGGCAGGAGGGUUGGGAGGGGCAGGAGGGUUGGGAGGGGCAGGAGGGUUAGGAGGGGCAGGAGGGUUGGGAGGGGCAGGAGGGUUGGGAGGGGCAGGAGGGCUGGGAGGGGCAGGAGGGUUAGGAGGGGCAGGAGGGUUGGGAGGGGCAGGAGGGUUGGGAGGGGCAGGAGGGUUGGGAGGGGCAGGAGGGUUAGGAGGGGCAGGAGGGUUGGGAGGGGCAGGAGGGUUGGGAGGGGCAGGAGGGUUGGGAGGGGCAGGAGGGGCGAUUGGGGCAGGAGGGGCGAUUGGGGCAGAAGCUGCAGCACUGGCAGCAGCGAGUGGGUUGACUAAGUGUGUGUUUUGGGCGUGA